UUUAUCUACCAUUCAGCUGGCUUGUUGCAUGGUAGACAAAAUAACCUCUCUGGCUGGCUGGCUUGUUUUUGUGGUUGUUGUAGAAAUUGGGUCUCACAUUUCUGCUUGCAAUGGACAGGGACCUGAAUCUCGGCAGGGCGGAAACCUUUUCAUUCAUUAAUCCCUGGAUCCGUUAUUUCCUGUUCCUCUUUAGCUUCUUAUUUUGGGUGUUUUCUUUAUGUAUUGUUGCUAUAGGAGUCUAUGCUAAAGUUCAGAAAGCAGCAGACCCGGUUCGAGACGCAUUCCUCAUCGAUCCAGCCAUCAUAUUAAUAAUGGUGGGUGUUGUCAUGUUUUUCAUCACCUACUGUGGAUGCAUCGGAGCACUGCGAGAAAACAUUCACCUCCUUAAAGCAUUUUCUUUCAGCCUCACGCUGGUCUUCCUCGCCCAACUGAUAAUAGCAAUCCUGGGUUUCUUUUACUCUGACCAGACACAGGAUGCUCUGAGCAAGCUUGUGAAGAAAGCCAUUGUGCAUUACCGUGACGACCUGGACCUUCAGAAUCUCAUGGAUUACAUCCAACAAGAGUUCAGAUGCUGUGGCUGGAACAACUACACCGACUGGUCUUGGAACAUCUACUUUAACUGCAGUCAGAGAAACCCAAGCAAGGAGAAAUGUGCAGUUCCUUUCUCCUGCUGCACCCCUGUACCAAGAGAGACCGUGAUCAACACCAUGUGUGGCUUUGGGGUUCAAACUCAAAAGUACUUGGAGGCUGCAGAGUCCAUUUACACAGACGGAUGUGCAGACAGUGUAGUGACAUGGAUGGAAUCUCAUCUGAUGUUAGUUGGGACUCUGGCUUUGGGUCUGGCUCUACCACAGAUUGCGGGUAUUGUGCUCUCCCAGAUGCUCGUUUCUCAGAUCCACAAUGAGAUUAAGUCACUGCUGUAGAGGUCACAGAAGAGAGGACUCUUCACCUGGCUGGG